ACAAAAGUGUGUUAACCGUUUCCUGAGAGGCUAGUUUGCUUAAACGCUCUCACGCCGUGUUAGCAACGAAGCUUUUUUUUUUUUUUUAAUAUAUAUAUAGUUUACAAGCAUUAAAUGCUGCCAACACCGUGAGCUAACUUCACAAAGUUUGAACUCCGUGCUAAGGUGGCAUUCCUCUCCCCGGAACCACUUUAGCGGCGUUAGCUCUCCGUGGAUUGCUCUCCAUUGAAUUGCAUGCAGAGGAUGUGUUUUCGCUGAGCACCCCGCGGUGACAGCGGAGACUUGUGCAUUGCAGAUGGCAGACUUUUCAAGCUAACCACCCGGUUAUGUCUUCCCCCUUUUUUGACAGCAGCUGGUAGCAGAUAAAGCAGCAGCCGCACUCCUGUCCAUGUUUUUAGGUGGGACACAAUGUCUCUCCUCCUAAUAUGCUGCAUUCUAACUUCCCUGCUCGGGCUGGUGUUGCUGUGGAUCCUGCUCAGGUGGCUGAUCCGCACCCUGGCGGUCCGGUUCUUCCAGGCUGCGCUGAAUGCCGAGCUGAAGAUCCAGUCUGUGGGUCUGUUCUCCGUCCAAGGAGUCCGGAUCCAGUUUCACCCCCAGCACACUCUGGAAAUUGACAGGAUAUGGAUUUCGAGCAGACUUCUAAACCAGGAUUUACCGCGAUACCUGGCACUGUGUGUCGGCGACACCCGAGUCAGGUUUGACCUUCAGGUGCCCCUGGGCCCGCUGGUGAAGACCAGCCAUGGGAAAAAGUCGACGAAGGGUUCGUACAACCCCAAAACGCUUCGCUUUCUGUCACAGCUCCUGUCGUUCCACGCCAGCUCAAUUAAUGUGAUGGUGUUAAACCUGGCUCUGUCAGAGUCUCUGUGGCACAUGACGGUCACAGGCAUCACCUUGUUGCUCGACCAUCAAAAUAAAAGGUUGGCGUGGGACUUCUCCGUGGGGCAGCUCAGCAGCAAAGUGCUCAAAAGCAGCCAGUUGGAUAUAUGUUUGGCUGAGCUGGCCCUCAGCCUGCUGCUGUCGGGGGAUGUGACCCUUCCCGACAUGAGACCAGGCUGCCUGUCCCUGAAUGUGAGGACGCUCAUAGCGGAGCUGCACGAGGGCUUGUUCCUCAGCCAACUCCUGCUGCCGCCCAAGUCCCAGACAAGCCAAGAUAAUGCUGUGUCUGAGCGUGAAGACACUGAAUUCAUCCAGACGGAGGCUGUUGAACAGUUUCAUCAGCUGCUCCCCCACAAAGUAAAUGUGGAGUUCGAUAACACAAACGUAACUCUGUCCAUGCACAGCCAGAAACGACACCUGAACUGGACGCUGAAGUCUAUGAAGAUGUGUUACGGACGUGACGACGAGCAGCACCCCCUGAAAAGCUUCACUCCCGAGCUGAACUUUCCUCACAGCAGUCUGGAGCUCCUCCUCGAGGACGGACUUCUCCUUUCUCAGAGCAGGCAGAGAAUCCUUUGCGUGAACACCCUGAAGACGGUCCUGCAGAUUACAUCCAUGGACAUCUCGGGAUCGUUCAUAGUCAACACCUGCAUCAUUCACUACCGUCACCAAGAGUUCUCCCAUUGGUUGAAUCUCUUCCCGUGGCAGCGUCUAGUCCACAGGAAGGAAGCCCACAGAAAGAGUCCUUUAGAUUGUUUUCCUGCCUCCCUCUUCCCCAGGCGUCUCCCUCACCUGGAUGCUCCCGUGAUGAUCUCCUCCUCCGUGUCCAACGUCAACGUAUCCGUGCAGCUGGGAGACACCACGCCUUUUGCUCUCGGCUUCAUCUCUGCUCAUGCGGAGUUGCAGCAUCUUCUCGACCUCAAGGUUGACAAAGACAGCUCAGACACCCAGAACCUGCACCAGCGGGCCUCCUUGUCCCUGGACAACUUCUGGUGGCGAGUGGGUCAAGGCUCUCACAUCCAGCAGGCGCCUCACCCUCCGGGUAAACACGUGUGGGGCGAAGCGCUGAUUCUAGACACCUUAAACCUUCAGGGGAGUUUGAACAGAGCCCAGUCGGACUCGAGCAGCCAGUCUCCCAGCCUGAACGUGGAGUCCAGUCUGAAGGGUCUGCAGGUGGAGCUGUCGGAGACCUGCGCGCUCUGCCUCUCGCGCCUCCUGUCUCUCCUGCGUGUUGCCGGUGACCCUCAGCCACAGCUGCCAGACGUAACUCCUGAGUUUCCGUCUGCGGACAAAUCCACCAAGUCAAACCACUCCUCCUCCUCCUCACAGCUCCACCUGCUUUUUAAACUGGACUGUGUUCUGGAAGACGUGAAUGUGUUCACGGUCUCCAAUGUGGCGGGAGCCGUGUCUCUGCGUAUGGACAGCGUCGGCAUCCUGAGCUCAGCGGAAAACGCCAGAGUGUCUCUGCGGGGGACGAGCUUGUCUCUUGUGAAAGCUCUGACUGAGAACAUGGAAGCGUGCUGCCCCACCUCCCAGACCGUCAACCCCGUACUCAAGCUCACCGCCGUAACCGUCUGGUACCACGUCACCACACACGGCUUACAGUUUGAACUCCUCUACACUUCAUGUUUUCAGGUCCAGUGCGAAGAGGAGUUUGCUGUACACUGGACCCCACCAGACCACAUGGUCUUAUUCCAGCACUUGACCGAAGCUCAGGCCUGUUGGCGUAUGCUGCGCGGCGAGAAGGCGGAGCUCGGCGAACCUGCGCCGGGGGGACAGAGCAGAGGCCUGUCCCUGCGCGUCGAAAUGGGUUCGACCCGUUUGACGGCCCACGUCAGCGAGGAGAACUACAUCCAGCUGCACACCGACGCGUUCUCCCUCUCCAAGCACGCCGGCUCCGUACACGUCCGCUCCCCUCUGCUGGUCUUCAACUUCGACGGCAACAACAUCGUCUCGUUCACCGAGCUGGACGUGGAGACUCACGACGAGCUGACGGAGAUGCAGCUGCACCGCGACGCGUUCCCUUUCCUGACCACGCCCCACAACCGGGUCUGGGUCGUCGCCUGCCCGUCUCUAUCCGUCGAGUUCCCCUACCAGUACGACUUCUCCAACACGUUCGACAUGGCCAUCGGCGUCCAGAAGUGGUUAAAGAGUCUGCACCUCCCGCACGGCCGCGCGUCCUCCUCCGAGCAGCGCCUGCCGCCGGACCUCGUGUUCAAGAUCAGCCAGUUCUCCUUCGUCUUCCUGGACGACGUCUUCGAAAUCAAGCUGAGGGACAACUAUGAGCUGAUGAAGGACGAGAGCAAAGAGAGCGCGAAGCGCCUGCAGCUGCUGGAUAAGAAAGUCGCCGAGCUCAGGAAGCAGCACGGGGAACUUCUGCCCGCCAGAAAAAUAGAGGAGCUGUACAGCUCCCUGGAGAAGAAGCACAUAGAGAUCUACAUCCAGCGCUCACGGCGGCUCUACGCCAACACACCCAUGAGGAAGUCCCUGCUGACCUGGACCGUGUCCGACCUGGAGCUCGUCGCCCUGGCCGAUCAGUCUUUUCACGGUCCGGAGAAGGUGAGGGAGCAGCUGAGAGACAUCGACAGGAUCAGUCCCUUCCCCAGAGACGGCCUCCCUCUGGUGGUGCAGUGGUGUCGGGCGGUCAAGUUCACUCUCGGAGCCUUCUUGGUGCGAAUUCGAGACUACCCCCGCUACCUGUUUGAGAUCCGGGACUGGGAGCUGUCGGGCCGUCUGAUCGGGACGGAGCAGGACGGACAGGCCAGGGCUCAUCGCAAGCAGACGGUCCCGCUGGGAGCGCCGUGGGGAGACGUGACGGUGCACAGAAACAUGCCUCCACUCAAGUUCUACUAUGAUUUCAAAUCCGACAUCUCGUUGUACACCAUCGUGUGGGGGCCUUGCUGGGACCCUGCCUGGACGCUGAUUGGCCAGUCCGUAGACCUGCUGACCAAACCCUCAGCCGAUCUGUCUCCCCCUCUGGCCUGGUGGGACAAAAGCCGUCUGCUCCUGCACGGACGUUGGGUCAUGAACAUCGACCAUGCCAACCUGCAUCAGCUGGCCACGGAGGAUCCCUAUAACACAACUGAAAACUUGCACUGGGAGUGGACCAAGCUGAACUUUGACUGGAACCCGGGGCAGUUUGUAUUUAAAGGGAAUUUGGACGUAAACGUCAGGACAGCAUCAAAGUACGAUGACAUCUGUUUCAUGCACUUGCCCAACCUGUGUAUGACCCUUGACCUUCAGUGGCUUUGCCAUGGCAACCCCCAUGACCACCAUGCAGUCAUGGUUUGCUGUGCGGAGAACAUUGCAGACGUGAUCUCAGGACAACCUCACGACUCCUACAGAGCGUUUCGUUCUGAAAACCUCAACCUCUCCAUCACAAUGGACCUCAGUCAGAGCUGUUCCACAGAGCCACACGAGCCUCGGAUCUUGCUGUACAGCAGCACUCUGCGCUGGAUGCAGAACUUCUGGGCCACCUGGACGAGCGUUUCGCGACCGAUCUGCAGAGGCAAGCUCUUCCACAGCCUCAGGCCGGUCCGCAAAAAGCUCGGUCAGCACUACAAGCAGAUGUCCUACACAGCUGCCUUCCCACAACUACAAGUGCAUUAUUGGGCCUCCUUUGCACAGCAGAGAGGAGUCCAAGUUGAGUGCAACAAAGGCCACGUCUUUACUCGAGGGACACAGAGACUGAUUCCACAGGCUGGCACUGUGAUGAGGAGGCUGAUCUCCGAAUGGAACGUGACUCAGAUGGUCAGCGAGCUCUCUCAGGUGACGGUUCACCUGAUGGCCUCCACCUGGGACGAGACGGCUGACCACCAGAUUAACGCUCAGGUGAAGAAGACUCACCUGCUCAGCCUGUCUUCGCUCAGCUACCAGCGACAGAGCAACCGCACGGAGGAGGAAGUGAGCCCAACGGAUGAAACGAAUGCCUCUUACACUCACAAACUGCGCCUAGUGGAUCUCCGUGCUUCCUGGACAACCGUAAACAGAAACAUAGCCUUCGGGCUGUACGACGGUUAUAAAAAGGCGUCCGUGCUGAAGAGGAAUCUUUCCACCGAAGCUCUGAAGGGGCUGAAGAUUGACGCACAUCUGCAGACAAAGAAACUCAAGCGUUCUCCCUCCUACCACUCUACGACUGCGGCUCUUGUGACUCCAGUUGUUCCCGCCGUGAAUCGGGUGGAGAAAAGUCAAAACGAAGGAACGUCGAUGUUGCAGAAGCUGAUCGAGGAGACGGACAAGUUCGUGGUGUUUUCGGAGGAAGACUCGGGAGUGAGCGACCAGCUGUGCGGGAUUGCAGCCUGUCAGACCGACGACGUGUUCAACCGUAACUGGUUCAUUGAGCUGGUCAACUGUCAGAUGAUGCUGCGUGGCACAGAGACGGCAGGAUGUGUCCUGGUGUCUGCAGCCAAAGCUCAGCUGCUGCAGUGCGAGCACCACCCGGCCUGGUACAACGACACGCUGAAGCAGAAGACCACCUGGACGUGUCUGCUGGAUGGGAUGCAGUACUUUGCCACCAUGGAGCUCAAUCCUUCUGAGCAGCAGGACAAGCAGCUGUGGCUGGAGGUGAAAAACAUCGAGGAGCACAGGGAGCGUAACCUGGACUCGGUGCAGGAGCUGAUGGAGAGCGGCCAGGCGGUGGGAGGAAUGGUUAGCACAACUACAGACUGGAACCAGCCGGCGCAGGUGAACGAGUCUCAGCAGGUUCAGCGAAUCAUCUCCCGCUGCAGCUGCAGGAUGCACUACAUCAGCUACAGUCAUGACAUCAACCCCGAGCUGGCCACGCAGAUCAAGCCUCCAGAUAUCAGGAACAGCCACGAGAAAGAGGACCUGCUGAAAAAGCAGGCGGGUGCUGUGGAAACUUUCACUCUCAUUCACCAUGAUCUGGAGAUCUCCACCAACCCGGUUCAGUACGCCAUGAUUCUGGACAUCGUCAACAACCUGCUGUUGCACGUGGAGCCCAGACGCAAGGAGCACAGUGAGAAAAAGCAGCGAGUUCGUUUCCAGCUGGAAAUUUCCAGUAACCCAGAGGAGCAGCGCAGCAGCAUCCUGCAUCUGCAGGAGGCGGUGAGGCAGCACCUCGCUCAGAUCAGACGCCUCGAGAAACAGAUUUACUCCAACAUCAGGGCUCAGUCUGAUGAAGCGAACAGUGACGAACUGAUGGACAUCAACAUGCGGCUGCAGAACCAGCUGAACCAGGAGAAGAACGACAUGCAGAUGAAAAGCGAGGAGCUCAACAUCCUCAUCAGGUGCUUCAAAGAUUUCCAGCUGCAGCGAGCGAACAAGCUGGAGCUGCGUAAGCCCCCGGAAGACGUCGGCGUGGUGCGGAGGACCGAGAUCUACUUCGCUCAGGCUCGCUGGUGCCUGACCGAAGAGGACGGACAGCUGGGCAUCGCAGAGCUGGAGCUGCAGAGAUUCAUGUACAGUAAGUUGAACAAGUCUGAUGACACUGCAGAGCAUCUUUUGGAGCUCGGCUGGUUCACAAUGAACAACCUGCUCCCAAACGCAGCUUACAAGCGUGUGAGGGUUGUGCUUCGACCUCAGAGCAACUGCCAGGCCGGACGUCAGUUUGCUUUGCGCAUCUUCAGCAAAGUGCGCCCCCCUGUGGGAGGAAUCUCCGUGAAGGAGCACUUUGAGGUGAACGUGGUGCCUCUCACCAUCCAGCUCAUGUACCAGUUCUUCAAACGAAUGAUGGGCUUUUUCUUCCCGGGGCGAAACGUCGACGAGGAAGACGUCACAGAUGAGGAAGACAAGUUUCGGAUGGUCACUACUGGUAUCCCAGUGAAGCCCAGGCCGCCGUCAGAGGACACCAUGGGUGCUAUGGGCCCCAGUAAAAGUAUCACCCAGGGACUGAACCGCACUGCAGGGGUCAGGAGGUCGUUCAGGAAGGCUCCGGAGCAUCCUGUCGAUGACAUCGAUAAGAUGAAGGAGAGGGCGGCUAUGAACAACUCCUUCAUCUACAUCAAGAUUCCUCAAGUGCCUCUGUGCGUCAGCUACAAGGGAGAGAAGAGCAGCGUGGACUGGAAAGACCUGAACCUUGUCCUCCCUUGUUUGGAGUACCACAACAACACCUGGACUUGGCUCGACUUCGCCAUGGCCGUGAAACGCGACAGUCGAAAGGCGCUCGUAGCACAGAUGAUAAAGGAGAAGCUGCGUCUGAAGCCGGCUUCUGUCGUGGACCUGCGCGGGAAGGUGUCCGAAGGCAAGUCGGAUCACAACCAGCAGCAGCAGGAGGAAGACGAGAAGGCUCGACUCCUCAUCGGACUCAGCACCACAGACAAAAGCUCCAGCAAGAAGAGCAUCUUCAGCCGCCGCAAGUGAAAAAACGGCUCGAGUGCCCCUCCCUCUGAGGCACCCGGACUCUCACUCCAGUGUUUCCCUUCACAAAGGAAGAGGGGAGACGCGUUUCCAGUAGUUUCACUACAUCACAGGAGCCUGCUCAACUUGUUUCUGGAACAACUCCACGGAUACCCGGAUGCCAAUAUGACCAAAUGUGUGUUUUUAUUAUGUUUAUCUGUGUGCCAUUUCAUUCAGCUUUUCAUACACCGUGCAGUUCUGGAUGCAACAACCACUGUGGCUGCAUUGAAUGCAGCGAGGCAGAUCCGUUUCUCUGUUAAUGCUCCUCCUCCUGCUGGCUCAGGAACACUGAAGAUCAAAAACUGGCCUGCUGCGUUAAUCAGACACCACCCUCACUGCUAAAAGCUCUAUGAAUCCCUUCCUUAAAUGCUAAAUCUAGAUUUAUCAGAGUAUGUUUUAUGAUAGAUGUUAGCUGACCUGGGCCGCGUGAUUGUCAACGACAUGAAGGCCAGAAAUAUUUUAGAUUUUAAAUGCCUGCUGCGUCACUCAGCUUUCACUUUUACUGUAACUUACCUCAGUGCAAUUAAUCAAGAACAAACAAAAAAACAUGUUCAUGUACUUGAUGGUUGUGUCAAAAAGAAAACAAAAAAAAGUUGCAGCUGUAUUGUGUAAUUUUAACACUAAAGCACUUUUCAUGCAAAGUAUGUGAUAUUUUUGUAACCACGGUUGUUUUUGACUGACUCCUAUAACUGAUUCCACCGGUUGUCUUGAACGUUUCAAUUAAAGAGUAACCCAAACAGCG